GAUAAAGGCAAAAUGGCUUUCAGUAAAGGAUACCGUGUCUAUCACAAGCUGGAUCCACUUCCAUUCAGUGUGAUAGUGGAAACCAGAAACAGAGAAGAAUGUCUCAUGUUUGAAUCCGGAGCCGUGGCUGUCCUCUCUUCUGCAGAAAAAGACACAAUCAAGAAUACCUACUCCAAAGUAAUGGAUGCAUAUGGGCUCUUGGGUGUAUUAAGAUUAAACCUUGGAGACACGUUGUUACAUUAUCUGGUUCUAGUAACAGGAUGCAUGUCUGUGGGAAAGAUUCAAGACUCUGAAGUUUUUCGAGUUACUUCCACUGAAUUCGUGUCGCUACGAAUUGAUUCAACAGAUGAGGAUCGUAUUUCAGAAGUGCGCAAAGUUUUGAACUCGGGAAACUUUUAUUUCGCGUGGUCUGCAACUGGUGUCAGUUUAGAUCUCAGUCUCAAUGCUCACCGCAGCAUGCAGGAGCACACCACUGACAACAGGUUUUUCUGGAACCAGUCACUGCAUUUACAUCUGAAGCACUAUGGUGUGAACUGUGAUGACUGGUUGUUACGUCUCAUGUGUGGAGGAGUGGAGAUAAGGACAAUUUAUGCAGCUCACAAGCAAGCAAAGGCUUGUCUCAUUUCACGACUAAGCUGUGAACGGGCUGGCACCAGAUUUAAUGUCCGGGGAACAAAUGAUGAUGGUCAUGUUGCUAAUUUUGUUGAAACAGAGCAGGUGAUAUUUUUAGAUGACUCUGUGUCAUCUUUCAUACAGAUUCGAGGAUCUGUUCCAUUAUUUUGGGAACAGCCAGGCCUGCAGGUGGGAUCCCAUCGUGUCAGAAUGUCAAGGGGUUUUGAGGCGAAUGCACCGGCGUUUGACAGGCAUUUCCAAACUCUUAAAAAUUUAUAUGGCAAGCAAAUUAUUGUAAAUCUACUUGGGGCAAAAGAAGGGGAGCACAUGCUCAGCAAAGCUUUUCAGAGCCAUUUGAAAGCAUCUGAACAUUCAGCUGAUAUCAAAAUGGUGAACUUUGACUAUCAUCAAAUGGUUAAAGGUGGAAAGGCAGAAAAACUACACAGUGUGCUUAAACCUCAAGUCCAGAAAUUCUUAGAGUGUGGAUUUUUUUAUUUUGAUGGAAAGGAAGUUAAAAGAUCUCAAAGCGGCACUGUCAGAACAAACUGCUUGGACUGUCUGGAUAGAACAAACAGCGUGCAGGCUUUCUUUGGCUUAGAGAUGCUAACAAAACAACUGGAGGUAUUAGGAUUAGCUGAGAAGCCUCAGUUGGUUACUCGCUUUCAGGAAGUUUUCCGAUCCAUGUGGUCUGUGAAUGGUGAUUCUGUCAGUAAAAUUUAUGCUGGAACUGGAGCCCUUGAAGGAAAAGCUAAGCUGAAGGAUGGUGCUCGUUCUGUGACCAGAACGAUUCAAAAUAACUUUUUUGAUAGCUCCAAGCAGGAGGCCAUUGAUGUUUUAUUAUUGGGAAAUACCCUAAAUAGUGAUUUAGCAGAUAAAGCACGGGCUCUCUUAACCACCAGCAGUUUACGCGUUUCAGAGCAAUCAUUACAAUCAGCAUCAGUAAAAGUGCUAAAGAGUAUGUGUGAAAACUUUUAUAAGUAUGCAAAACCGAAAAAAAUUAGAGUUUGCGUCGGGACGUGGAAUGUCAACGGGGGGAAGCAGUUUCGAAGUAUUGCCUUCAGAAAUCAGACCCUCACUGACUGGCUUCUAGAUGCACCAAAGUUAGCUGGUAUUCAUGAAUUCCAAGAUCGCAAAAGCAAGCCUGUAGACAUAUUUGCCAUUGGAUUUGAAGAAAUGGUGGAGUUAAAUGCAGGAAACAUUGUGAAUGCCAGCACAACCAAUCAGAAGCUCUGGGCUGCUGAGCUGCAGAAGACUAUAUCGAGAGAUUACAAGUAUGUGCUGCUGGCUUCUGAGCAGUUGGUGGGCGUCUGCCUUUUUGUGUUCAUCAGGCCCCAGCAUGCUCCUUUUAUCAGGGAUGUUGCUGUUGAUACUGUAAAGACUGGCAUGGGAGGAGCCACUGGUAAUAAAGGUGCAGUAGCAAUUCGGAUGUUGUUUCAUACAUCCAGUCUUUGCUUUGUCUGCAGUCAUUUUGCUGCAGGGCAAUCACAAGUUAAAGAGAGAAACGAAGACUUCAUAGAAAUAGCUCGCAAGCUCGGUUUUCCAAUGGGAAGGAUGCUCUUUUCCCAUGACUAUAUCUUUUGGUGUGGUGACUUUAAUUAUCGAAUAGAUAUUCCAAAUGAGGAGGUUAAGGACCUAAUACGACAACAGAACUGGGAUGCUCUUAUAGCGGGAGACCAACUUAUGAAUCAGAAAAAUUCUGGACAGAUUUUUAGGGGAUUUUUGGAAGGGAAAAUAAAUUUUGCUCCUACAUACAAAUAUGAUCUGUUUUCUGAUGACUAUGACACCAGUGAGAAAUGUCGCACACCGGCAUGGACAGAUCGUAUUCUUUGGAGAAGAAGAAAAUGGCCUUUUGACCGAUCAGCUGAUGACCUGGAUCUUCUGAAUGCAAGUUUUCACGAUGACAGUAAUGUCCCUUAUACAUGGAAUCCUGGUACUCUGUUGCACUAUGGAAGAGCAGAGCUGAAAACGUCUGAUCAUAGACCUGUGGUUGCAUUGGUUGACAUUGACAUAUUUGAAAUUGAAGCGGAAGAGAGACAAAAAGUUUAUAAGGAGGUGAUCGCAAUGCAAGGACCACCUGAUGGUACUGUAAUGGUCUCCAUCAGAAGUUCUUCAGCAGAAGAAAACUAUUUUGAUGAUAACUUGAUUGAUGAUCUUCUUCAAAAAUUUGCAAGCUAUGGUGAAGUUAUACUUAUAAGGUUUGUGGAAGACAAGAUGUGGGUAACAUUUUUGGAAGGAAGCUCUGCUUUGAAUGUUAUGAAUUUGAAUGGUACUGAGCUACUAGGAAGGAUUAUAAACAUAAGCUUGAAAAAUCCAGAUUGGAUCAGAACUUUGGAAGAUGAAAUGAACCUAGAGAAGAUUAAUAUUGGGCUGCCUUCAUCGACAAGUUCCACUUUGCUUUGUGAAGAUGCUGAGGUUACUGCAGACUAUGAUAUGGAAGGAGACAUAGAUGACUAUAGUGCUGAAGUAGAAGAAAUCCUUCCUCAGCACCUACAGCCAACUUCAAGCUCUGGUCUUGGAACCUCCCCCAGCUCUUCACCGCGUUCCAGUCCCUGUCAAUCCCCUACGCUGUCAGAUGGACCUACGCUCCCAGUGAGACCGAGCCGAGCACCAACAAAAACUCCUGGACCACCUGUUUCCACACACAGUCUUGGUACUCAGCAGAAAGAGUCUCCUCAGAGCUUGGAGCCUAAGCGUCCUCCACCACCUCGCCCUGUUGCUCCUCCUGCACGUCCCGCUCCGCCGCAGAGGCCGCCUCCGCCGUCAGGCGGUAGGAGUCCUGCACCUGCUAGAAAAGAAUUUGGAGGUCUUGGAGCUCCUCCCAGUCCUGGGGUAGCUAGGAGAGAAGUAGAAGCCCAAAAAAGUCCUGGGACACAAAGGAAAGAUAACUUAGUUCGUAAUCAGCCUCCACCUUCAACUGGAAUUUCAAGCGCAGGAACUGCUGGAUAUGGUACAACCAGACCGACUGUUCCACCUCGAGCUGGAGUUAUUAGUGCACCACAAAGCCAUGUCCGUCCCUCUGGGGGAAGACCAGCACCUGAAACUCAGACCAAACCAGCUGAACCACCGAGGGGCUCACCGUUGCUUCCUGAACCGUUAAAGCCUCAGGCUGCUGGACCUGCUCAGCCCACCACUCAGCAACCGCCUGUGCUAAGGAUGCAGGAGCCUCUGAUACCUGUGGCAUCACAUCCAUCUCAGACAAGUGCCCCACAAAGUCUGGAACCCCCACAACCACCUCCUCGUAGCCGAUCAUCUCACAGUUUGCCUUCUGAAUCUGCUCCUUCGCAGCAGCAAAUUAAAACAAAUGGGACGCACGGCACUAAACUUGAAACACAGUUAAACAGUGAUCCUUUUGAAGAUUUGUCAUUUAAGCUGCUUGCGUCAAAGAUGCAGACAUCUGCUCGAACAUCACCCGUUCCGACGUUAAACCAAAAGGAGAUGAUACAGUUGCCUUCAGCAACACAAAGAAAUGCUGAUAUUUUGAAUACUGUAAAUUGCAUGCCAGCAAUGCCUCCUAUUCCAACCUUUAACACAUCCCAGGAACAUAAGCGCAGCUCUCCAAAUCCAUUUGUUACUGGACUGAACUGCACAAAUCCAUUCAGUGAAAGAACUCCUAAUGCUGGAAACCCGUUUAGAAAGGAAACGCAAGAGUCUGAAGUAACACCACGUUUACUAGAAGGACGUGCCGCUUGCAAUCCUUUCCCUUCUCCAGAUCCCCCCAGCUGUUACACAAGCAAGCCUGUAUUUUCUGUUGAUGCGUCUGAAAACACUUGUUGCUUGCGAAGUAAAUCUCUCAUGGUAAAAAAUGUACAGCCAAAAGGAUGGGUAACGUUUGAUGAUGAGGAGGAGUAUUUCAACAUAAAGCUAAAGCCAUCUAAAAGUGUUCCAGAUUUUAAGCAAAUCAAUUCCAGGGAGUCAGCUGGAUCUCUAGAUUUGCUGGGCACUGAGCAAAAUACUUUUCUUGGUUCAGACUUGAACUUUGAUAAUGACUGGAAUAAAAGUUCUACUGAUUGCUUCUAUACAAUGCCAGCGAGAAGACCACCUGCACCUCCUGUACCGUCGAGAAUAACCAGCAACAGAUCCCCUGCAGAUCCUUUCACUUCUUUGGCACCUAAGGUGUCACCAACACAAGAUUUUACAGAAAGAUAG